AAAUUAACUAAAACAAACAAAACUCCAUUUCUGAAGCGUGGUAGCUUUCACUCUCAGGCUCAGGCUGAGCUCGUUACAGAGGCUCUAUCGACUCUUACAAAAUUCAAGCCGUCCUUUUCCAGUCAAAAUACACUCUCUCUCUCUCUCUCUCUCUCUCUCUCUCUCUCUCUACACCACCACCAGUGCCACCGUUGCCGUUUCCGUCUAGGACGAUUUUGGGUGGCCAUACGAUCUGUUCAACUUUGGUUGAAAAUUUGAUAUGAAAGCCGUCGGGAAGAUUUCUCUGCACUUCUGAAGUUUUUAUUCAGUGCUACAAAUUAUGACCGAAUCAGGAUAUGAUAUCAAUGAUUUGGUUCGAGAAGCCCAAAUCAGGUGGUUGAAACCUGCUGAAGUUCUCUUUAUACUGCGAAAUCAUGAGAACCACCAGCUCUCCAGUGAGCCAUCUCAAAAGCCACCUAGCGGAUCAUUGUUUCUCUUUAACAAGAGGGUCCUCAGGUUCUUCCGUAAAGAUGGUCAUAGUUGGCGCAAGAAGAAAGAUGGGAGAACUGUUGGGGAGGCACAUGAACGCCUUAAGGUUGGAAAUGCUGAAGCCCUGAACUGUUAUUAUGCACAUGGAGAGCAAAAUACAAACUUCCAGAGACGCAGCUAUUGGAUGUUGGAUCCUGCGUACGACCACAUUGUCUUGGUUCACUACAGAGACAUAACCGAGGGUAGACAGAAUCCAGCCUUCAUGUCAGAAACUUCUCCAAUUUCUUCUGCUUUCUCUCCCAGUCCAAGUUCCUAUUCUACUCAACAUACGGGCUCUACUGUCAUUGCCAGUGAAUCUUAUGAGCAAUACCAGAACCAAUCUAGCCCUGGAGAAAUUUGCUCUGAUGCAGUCAUCAAUAUUAACAGGACGUCAGACACCACAGGGAGAACAGAGGAGGUCAUCAGUUCUCCGGGGCUUGAGAUGAGUCAAGCAUUGCGAAGGCUCGAGGAGCAGUUAAGUUUAAAUGAUGACAGCAUCAAAGAAAUUGAUCCUCUCUAUGCUGAUGCAAUUAAUGACGACAGUUCACUUAUCCAGAUGCAGGGGAAUUCAAACAGUCUGCUGUUGCAACAUCAUUCAGGUGAGAGAAGUGAAUCUCAUCAUCAAGAUCUGACCCAGGAUGGUCAGAUGUGGAAGGAUAUGCUGGAUCACUACGGGGUUUCUGCAGCUGCUGAAUAUGCAAUGCUUCAAACCUCAUCAGAGAGAAGGGCCAUAGAAGCAUAUGAAAGCUACAAGGGGCCUAAUUUCAGCGACAAGGAGGCUCAGACGGCUCCUGUACCAGCUUUUAAACAACUCGAAGAUUUCAAGUAUCGUACGUAUCCUCCUGAUAUAACUACUUUUGGAUCCAACCCUGACGAGUAUAUGACAAUAUUUGACCAAGAUCAGAUUAGUUCUUCUCUUGAAGAUGAGAUGAGCUUAACUAUUACUCAGAAGCAGAAAUUUACAAUUCGACAUAUAUCCCCUGAUUGGGGGUAUUCAUCUGAGGCAACAAAGGUUGUUAUCAUUGGAUCUUUUCUUUGUAAUCCUUCAGAGUGCACGUGGACUUGCAUGUUUGGUGAUAUUGAAGUUCCUGUUCAGAUCAUUCAAGAAGGUGUCAUCUGUUGUCAAGCUCCUCGUCACUUGCCUGGUAAAGUCACCCUCUGUGUUACUAGUGGCAAUCAGGAGUCGUGCAGUGAGAUUAGAGAGUUUGAAUAUCGGGUUAAGCCUGAUGAUUUUGCUCGAAAUAAUCAGCCUGAUGUAGAAGGAGCUUAUAGAAGUACAGAUGAACUGUUGUUACUUGUCAGGUUUGUGCAACUGCUUUUAUCAGACUUAUCUGUCCAAAAAAGAGAAAGUUCUGAAUUAGCCAAUGAUUUCUUGGAAAAAUCCAAAGCAAGUGAAGAUUCAUGGUCCCAGAUCAUUGAAUCUCUUUUAUUUGGAACUUCAACGUCAAUGAUAACCAUUGAUUGGCUUCUUCAAGAGCUUUUGAAAGACAAGUUCCAGCAGUGUCUCUCUUGUAAACUGCAACGAAAAGAUAAUCAGGUAGGCUGUUCUUUAUCUAAGAAAGAGCAAGGAAUAAUUCACAUGGUUGCUGGAUUGGGAUUUGAGUGGGCGCUGCACCCAAUUCUAAAUGCCGGAGUCAGUGUUAACUUCCGUGAUAUCAACGGCUGGACGGCCCUGCACUGGGCUGCACGUUUUGGGAGGGAAAAAAUGGUUGCUUCACUCAUCGCAACCGGGGCAUCUGCUGGAGCUGUUACGGAUCCCUCUUCACGAGAUCCAGUUGGUAAAACUGCUGCAUCAAUUGCUUCCAGCUGCGGUCAUAAGGGACUUGCAGGAUAUCUUUCAGAGGUAGCUCUCACCAGUCAUCUUUCAUCCCUCAUAUUAGAGGAGAGUGAGCUCUCAAAAGGUACUGCUGAUGUGGAAGCAGAGAGAACUAUUAGUAGCAUAUCGAACACAAGUGCCACCAUAAAUGAGGAUCAGUGUUCUUUAAAGGACACUUUAGCUGCAGUUCGUAAUGCAGCUCAGGCUGCUGCUCGUAUACAGUCUGCAUUCCGAGCACAUUCGUUCCGCAAAAGACAACAGAGAGAAUUUGGUGUUUCCGCUGCCACAAGUGGAGAUGAAUAUGGUAUCCUCUCAAACGAUAUUCACGGGCUUUCAGCUGCAUCAAAGUUGGCAUUCCGCAACACGCGAGACUACAACUCAGCAGCCUUAGCUAUUCAGAAGAAGUAUCGAGGAUGGAAAGGCCGGAAGGAUUUCCUUGCAUUCCGCCAGAAAGUAGUGAAGAUACAGGCUCAUGUACGAGGCUAUCAGGUUAGAAAGCAAUACAAGGUAUGUUGGGCUGUUGGAAUCUUGGAGAAGGUAGUGCUAAGGUGGCGUCGACGAGGUGUUGGUCUUCGGGGAUUUCGACAUGACACAGACUCAAUUGAUGAAAUUGAGGAUGAAGAUAUUCUCAAGGUGUUCCGUAAACAAAAAGUUGAUGCUGCUCUUGACGAGGCUGUCUCGAGAGUUCUAUCAAUGGUUGAAUCUCCAGGGGCACGCCAGCAAUAUCAUCGGAUUCUUGAGAAGUAUCGGCAAGCUAAGGCUGAACUUGAAGGAGUGGACAGUGAAGCAGCAUCAACUGCUCAUGGCGACAUGUCUAACAUGGAAAAUGAUGGCUUAUACCAGUUCCCUAGUUAUUAAUUAACUGGCCUCUUCAUUGUCAUCCAAACUAGUUUCAGUAGGUGCAAAAACUAUACAUUGAAGUUUGGUUAUUGCAAUUUGUAAGUCAUUGUGAGGUAUGUAUUUGUAGGUGCUUCUGUUCAUAAUAUGUGUAUAGGUUUGAUAGGUUCAGGAAUUGGAACUUUUUAAUAUUGGAUGACUGCAGGAUUAGCUUGGAAGUUUUUUCUUUUCUUUUCGACCAUGUUCUUUUGUGCUUGAGCGCCUUUAGGUGCUAAAUAGUUGAUCUUUCAAGGGUAAAUACUAGGCAUGACUGCUUAUUUGAUUGUGUUAAUUUCAGGAAAAGUUUAAACAUAUCAGUAGAAAUUCUCAACCCUUGUAACUA